AACAAAUUCUUUCAAUGGCAAUGUACAUAUAUUACUCUCUACCCCUUAAACAUUCCUCUACUUCUUCUUCCUGUUUCUGUUUUCUUUCUGUUGGUAGGCACUGGAUAUUUCCAUGGAAAAAUUCCAAAUGUUAUUUCCUUUUUCAUCAGCAGGGCCUCCUUCAUGUUCUUUAUCGUCAACCCUGACAAAUUCUCAUGGCUUUAACAAUUUUCAAGGAGAUAAUCCAAAUGGGUUCUUGGGAUUGAAGAUAGACAAUCAAGUACCAAGAACAGAAGAAUUCAAGGACCUUAACUCAUCAUCAUCACAAAGUAUAAACUUUUCAGUUGGGUCUGAAACCGAGCUAAAAUCAGGGCAAAAGAAGGGAGGAAAGAAGAUUAGAAAACCCAGAUAUGCUUUUCAAACCAGGAGCCGAGUUGAUAUACUAGAUGAUGGUUACCGGUGGAGGAAAUACGGCCAAAAAGCUGUCAAAAACAACAAAUUCCCAAGGAGCUACUAUCGGUGCACACAUCAAGGGUGCAACGUAAAGAAGCAAGUGCAACGUCUAACCAAAGAUGAAGGCACUGUAAUAACAACAUAUGAAGGGAUGCACACUCAUCCUAUAGAGAAGCAAACUGACAACUUUGAACAGAUACUGAACCAGAUGCAAAUUUACACUCCCUUUUGAAAUUUGAAUAUGCAUGCAUGCAUGCAUGUGUCUCUUCAACCUAGCUAGGUUAAAUUAUGUACACUUCUCUGUAGAACAUAUUUGCAAUAAGAUUGCUUUCAUGGGUAUGGCAGCAGAAGUCCAUAUCCUUCAGUAAAUUAAGUUUUCUAUUAUUGAAAUCCUCACUUGUAAGUUUAACAUUUUAGGUUAAGUGGUUUCUUCAUAUUGCAAAUUAAUUGAAUCUUUUUGUUUGGUACUUA